AUGGAGAUUAUCAACUUCUACUCCUCCGACCUUGACAUCCAUAAGCCAUCAAACAUCAGCGUUGGGGGAGGUGACAUUACCGUAUUCGAAGGAUGUAAGGACAUGCCCGAGGUGUGGAUCUUUUAUCUGAUCCUGCAGUUCAUCAACAUGUUCCUGGGGAUCCCCGCUAACCUGAUGGUACUGUGGCUCCUGCACAAGAACAAGGGGGACUCAUCGAGCUCCGACAUCUUCAUCCUCCACCUGGCCAUCCUGGAUACCUUCUUCUGUCUCAUCCCACCCCUGGAACUGGCCAGUAUAGUCUUCCUCAGCACCACCAGCACCACCUGGUAUAUACUGCGCUUCUUCUACGGGCUGAAAGACUCUUCUCCGCUCUUCCUCUCCUGCAUCUGCCUGGACCGCUACAUGGCUGUCCUGCACCCCAUCACCUUCACCGAGCUGAAGGACCGAAGCCACCGCACGGUGUGUGUUGCCGUGGUGUGGCUGGUCACCCUGGCCUAUGCAGCGGUCAAAUGCAUGGCCAACACCCCCAACUUUGAGAAGGUCUUCAUUGCCAUGAUGCUGGCAGCUUUUGCCAUCAUGCUCUUCUGCAACGUGGCCAUCCUGCACGCACUCCAGCAAUCAGGCCCUGGCCGUGAUGAGAUGCACCCUGUCAAGAAGAGGGCCUUCAAGAUGGUGUUCAUCAUCCUGGCCCUCAUCGUGUUCAACUACUUCCCUCCGGUAGCCCUGUUCCCCUUUCAGGAGUACUUCACCCUAGAUGAGUUAAACUGCUAUGUCUACCCUCUAGGAUUUGCUUUCUUGGACUUCAGCAGCUGCAUUCAGCCUGUUCUCUACCUUUCCCGGGGGAUUCCCAGUGUCCCUUGCUGCCGCUCUAAAGAGGUUUUGGAUCAAAAAUCAGGAGAGUAG